AUGGCCUCGGAUGUCGUCGACUGUGGGCCGCCCCUGCGCAAUGAGUUCUCCAGCACGGCGACAGUGGCUGCUUCAUUUGCAGCUGCAGCCAAUCGGUGGGCGACGGCGACAGCGCUCACAGGAAGCGCAAGGCUUGGCGAGGAUUCUCAUGAAGGCCUGGCGGUGGCGAUGGACCUUUCCUAUGCUCAAUUGCAAGCCCAUGUGGCCCGAGUCGCAGUCCAUCUCGCUGUGAUGGAAGGAGUUCAGCGCAACCGGAAGGAAGUGAUGGUCGCCCUCUUCGUGGAUGAGGCGGCUCCACUUGUGAUCGCCAUGCUGGCGAUCCUCUGGGCCGGGCUCUGCUUUGUGCCGGUGGAUCUGGCGGCCUGGCCCCGCGACCGCUGCGGCUACGUUCUUGAGACUUGCGGAGUGGGUCUGGCACUGGCUUCGGAGGCUCAUCGUGAGGCUGCCGCGAGACUUCUGCGUGGAGUUGAAGGCUGUCCCCUUGUGACGCUGGAAGAAGCCCUCGCGACGCCCUGCCGCUGGCUCGGUGAGACUGGCGAAGCGCUGCUCCGUGCGCCUGCAGAUGCGGCGUCGGAGGACCUAGCCUAUGCGAUCUUCACUUCCGGCUCCACAGGCGGCUGGGAACGUGAGCCGUCAAAUUCCUGCCUCAUUUAUCACAUGCCCUUGCCCCGACAGCGAGGUAGGCACGGCGCGGCUUUGGCCUAUGCCUGGGCCAAGGCCGAAGUGGAGGAGCUCGGGCCAGGCAGCCGCCAGCUUCUGGGAUCCCACUUCACCUUCGACCCGGCGCAAGGUGACGUUUUUGGAGCCUUGACUUUGGGUGCUACGCUUGUGGCGCUGCCCCGCUCGACGGUUCUGGGUGCCCUGCAGGAUGCCCUGAGUUUGGAUGUCAGCCAUGCCACGAUGACGCCGACGCAGUGGUCGCUGAAGGCAGCGGUGCAGUCCGACGCUGUGCGGGGAAACAAUGCGCGCGGAUCCUUUGCCAUGAAACUUUUCUCCAGAGAGACGAUCGAGACUUGGUCCCCGGUGCUGGCGCUGCGCAACAUGUAUGGUGUAGCUCAGACUGCAGGUUACGGAGGCGACCGGCUUGCAGACCGCACAUCGCACGGCCGUCGGGGACUCGCCGCACCCCGGAAGCAGAUCCAGAAGCUUGUCGGUCGCGCUCUGCCCGCCUAUGUCCUGGCCCUUUCCGAGGACCCCGUGGAGGGCGAGAUCCUCCUGGCGGGUCGCGGCCUCGCGCGCGGGUACUUGGGUCUCGAGGAGGAGACACGAAAGCGCUUCGUGGAUUUCCCUGCCCUGGCGAAGGGUACGGAGGCCGUGCCCAAAAGUUGUCAGAAGGGUGAGCGUGCGUUAGAGGCCGUGCCCGAAGAGGUGGCCCCAAAGGCCUACUGCACCGGCGACCUGGGUUUCAUGGGCCCUCAGGGCUUGGUGCUGAAGGGGCGCCGAGACCACCAGGUGAAGAUCUCCGGAGUUCGCAUCGAGCUUUCCGAGGUCGAGCUGGCCAUUUCGGCAGCUGGGCUCAGCUCGGCCUGCGCGGUGGUUGUGGCUGAGGGUGCGCUUGUCGCCCACGUGGCGCUCGGCGACCAGACCUUGGACUGGAUCCUUCGUGCAGCCUUGGAGGCAUGCGCAGCCGCUCGCCUGCCCAAGGAGGUGGUGCCGCACCAUUUCCAGCGGCACGAGAAGCUGCCACUUGCAGCCGGCGGAAAAGUGGACCGGCAGGCCUUGGAAGCACUGGGCCUGGGCUCGGAAGGCGCUGCACCUGGCGGUGCCACGGCCACGGCUCUCGAGGCCGCGGUUGCCAGGGCCUGGGCCGCUGCCUUGCGAAGGCCCGAGGAGCAGCUGGGCCGUGGCUCCAAUUUUUUGUGGCUCGGCGGCGACAGCCUUGCCGCGCUGCGAGCUUGCCGAAGCCUGCGGGAGGAAGUGCGUUCCCCCACCGAUAUGGUCGAGCUGCGGGACCUGGACGUCCAACAGGAGCAGAAGGGUGAGGCCGGAUUGCUCGUGGAGGCGGAGGCGCCACCAGGAGCUCUUUGCGUGCUCAGUGCCGCCUUGGGGCCUCUGGCGCCUUGCGAGCUGAUGGCACGGCCGAUGCUCCAGCAGUACGCGGCCUUUCUGGAGGAGCAGGGCCUUGAGGCCCAAGGUCCAAAGGGGCCUGAGCCUGCUGGCUAUGCCGCCAACACGGCGGCAGAGGGCGCAGGCACGGAAGAUCUGGCAUCUGCCAAGACGGCAGGUGCUGACACAGGUGCAGGUAGCUCGGCGGAAUUGGCGCUGGCUGCCGGCGCACGUGAGGGACGGGAGGAGGUGGUGAAGGCGCUCCUCCAGGUGGGGACAUCGCCCAAUGGCAGCGCGAGGGGAACGCCACCCAGGGGUCACACGCCUCUGCAUGCCGCCUGCGCUGCAGGGCAUGCAGGCAUCGUGAGGAUUCUCCUGGCCGCUCGAGCGAAUCUCCGCGCCAUGACCGAGGCGCGGACGAGCCCGGCACACCUGGCAGCGGCCCAGGGGGAUGCUGGCAUCCUCGCCCAGCUCCUGGCCCUCGAGGGCGCCGAGGGCGUGGCCACCUGGGCACGAGAUGCAGACCAGCAGACUAUCCUCCACCUGGCCGCGAGGUCGGGCGAGGUGAAGGCCGUGGAGGCGGUGCUCGGGAAGGUGAAGGGCCUCCGAGGCAAAGAUGGCGGCCUCGAGGCAAAGGACCGCUGGAGCAGGACAGCUCUCCAGUGGGCUGUGGCAAACGGCCACGAGGAGGCAGCAGUGUGCCUUAUACGCCAUGGUGCUUUCUCGGGGGGCAUCCCAGAUGCCCUGUUGGAGCACUACCAGGUGGACCUCUCAGCGCCAUCAAAACCCGGGCAGCCAAAAGCGGCCCGGAAGGAGGUUCAGUCGGAUGCCAAGAUCGCAUCGCUGGUCGCGACGCUUCCCGCCAGUGCGGAAAGUUGCGAGGAGAAGCAGCUCUUCGCUUUGACGGCGCUGAGGGAUUUUUGCUGUGGUGCCAAAGAACACCGCAAUGCGGCACGGCGCUGUGGUGCUGUAAGUAGGCUCCUGUGCUUGCUCGGCGGCGAGCGCUCGGAGGUGGUGGCCGCUGCGGCUCAAACGCUUCGAAACCUUGCAGCAGAUCGAGCUGGAGCAACAGCCGUCUGUGAGGAAGGAGGCGUGGCUCUUCUCUUGGACGUUGCCAAGCGUGGCCAGAACUUUCCUGAGGCCUGGCGCGCUGCUUCAGCCUUAGCCAAUGUCGCGGAGUUCCCGGAACUGGCACCGGCCGUUCGCGAGGCAGGUGCAGUUCCAGUGCUGCGGAGUCUCUCUGGGCAGCUCCCCGGCAGUCUGCAGUAA